UAAGUGGAUGAGUGAUUAUCACAGACACUGAUAACAGGCCAGGGCAGUAGUAUCUCUGAAUAAUAUAAAAUCUGCAGGUGAUAAAAAUCGGCACGCAUAAUAGUAAUUGUCGAUAAUGAAGCUGGUCUUUUAUGCAGCUCUGCUCACGGCGGUCUUGGCUAAAGAACUGCAACUUGCUACGGAAUGUGACCCAGAAGCGUGCAAGCUCCCGGAUUGCAGAUGCUCGUCUACCAGUAUCCCGGGAGGCUUGGAACCUAGGAACACGCCACAGUUCGUCACUUUGACGUUUGACGACGGCGUUAACGUUAUCAACGUCGAGACCUAUCGUGAGGUUCUCUACAACCGCGUCAACUCCAACAAUUGCCCGGUACGCGCUACCUUCUACGUCAGCCACGAGUACACCAACUACCAACUGGUCAACGAGCUAUACAACAGAGGCCACGAGAUCGCUCUCCACUCAAUCUCCCACCGAACUCCUCCGUCAUUCUGGGCAGCAGCUACAUACGAUGAGAUCAAAGAGGAAAUCGCCGAUCAAAAAGUACAGAUCGCUCACUUCGCGAACAUCCCAUUUGAGGAGGUUAAAGGAGUCCGUCUUCCAUUUCUUCAAAUGAACGGCAACACUAGUUUCCAAGUCAUGUCUGACUUCGGCCUAACCUACGACUGCACCUGGCCAGCCUCUGCCCAGACCCAGCGUGGUCUCUGGCCAUAUACCUUGGACUACGCUUCGACUCAAGACUGCACUAUUCCACCGUGCCCAACUGCUUCGCUGCCUGGUUCAUGGGUCGUCCCGAUGAUCGCGUGGACUGAUCCUAAUGGGUUCCCUUGUGUAAUGGUUGACGCUUGCACAUCUUUCCCUGACCGUGAAGAUCCUGAUGCCUGGUUCAGAUUCAUCGUGACCAACUUUGAAAGGCACUACCUCGCUAACAGAGCGCCUUUCGGCUUCUUCGUCCAUGAGUGGUACAUUUCCGCUUACCCCGCAGUCAAGACAGCUCUGGUCAGAUUCAUGGAUAUGAUCAACACCCUUCCUGAUGUCUUCAUGGUAUCAUCUAGCGAUGUCGUAGAGUGGGUGAGGAACCCCAUCCCCAUUGCUGAGUACAGAUCAAGAUCUUGCAAGACGUUCAGGCAGACUGCGUGCCCAGCUUCUUCUUGCGGACCUUUGGUAGCUGAACAUAACCAGGUAAAUUUUAUUAUGGUUACAUCAUUGGUUUUUGUUUUAUUGCUUAGACGGGUGGACGAGCUUACAGCCCACCUGGUGUUAAGUGGUUACUGGAGCCCAUAGACUUCAAGCCGAACUCCGACUUUAAGACGGCUUCAAGCCGAAACGCAUUACUGCUUCACGGCAGAAAUAGGCAGGGUGGUGGUACCUACCCGUGCGGACUCACAUGAGGUCUACCACCAGUAAUUACUUAAAUUGUAAUUUUGCAGGUGUGAUUUUUAUUACAUGAUGUUAUAUUCCUUCACCGUAGAAGCCGAUAGUGAACAUUUGUUAAGUACAUAUUUCAUUGGAAAAAUCGGUACCCUCCUGCGGGAUUCGAACACCGGUGCAUCGCUAGAUACGAAUGCACCGGACGUCUUAUCCUUUAGGCCACGACGACUUGUCUUGUCGUAGGGUCUAAUUGAAUUAGGCGUAGGUCGUGUCGCCACAUCACCUCCAAUAGGGAGAGCGGUCAAUAUCUGGCUUCAUCAGCUCUACCCAGGUCCUUUUGCCCUUUUCGAAUUUUGUAUCAGCUCACCUUUCUGAUAUAUUCGGCACUACAAUCAAUCUACUAUAGCCAAGGAAAGAGUUGGGAUCAAGUUGCAUUGGUUGUACUACUACCUCUAACACAAUGGUUCCAUUUAAUUUAAUUUAUUUUGUGAUUUUAGUUCAUUCCCGCUUCGGAGAUGUCUCUUUAAUUCUUGCAACCUCACAUUCGGAAGCUUGAUAGUUAAUCUGUUAUUUCUAACUUUAAUUUUUCAGUUAUCCUACUGGCUGCAGCUCUGCAAUAGAUGUCCGGCUAAAUAUCCGUGGGUCGGCAAUCCAUUUGGACUUAAUUAAAAUAAAUAAACAAUAAAAUUAG